CUGAAAUGUCAACAGUUGCAAACCUUUAUUUCAAAAAAUUUUAUAAAAAAUUUUUAAAUUUGGCUUUCUAUUAACAUCUCUUCAAUCAGACACUGGUCUAACACAAGUUUUCUCUUAUUGUAGCAUUUAACUACUUGUAACGCCGACCUGAAGAUGAUCUGUAUAUUGUAGAGAUCGAAACCGGUCGUCAAAGUAUAAUUAAAUGAUUGUGAGUAAGUCUGUGUUUCAUUACUAUAUUUAAUAUGGACUCACAUAUGCAACCCAUUCAAUAUUUGAAUAAUGCAAGACUAGCAACUUUGCUACACCGUUACAAGGAGCUGAACAUCAAGAAAAUGUUACAAAAAUCUAAGAUCUUUUAUAACAACGAAUGUUUACGUCUCAACCUGCUGCCUAGUUAUGCUAGAGGUAGACUAAGAGAACUUAACUUCAAUGCAACGAAGGCUAAACAAGUAAAAAUUCUGGGUAGAUCCAUCAUUAGGGAUGAGAUUCGGAAACUAUACCAACAUAUCUACACCAUUGACUUGCAACUGAAGACAAUCUACAAUAGCUUACAUAGAAGAAUGACAGCGCUCGAGUUUGAUGAAUGUAUGCGUGAUUUACAUGGGACUAUUAAUUUUCAUAGGAGUAGACAAUAUAGGAAACUUCAUGAUAAGAUCAAGAAACUUAAAUUUAUAACACAUAGAGUAAAUAACAAUAUUAUUUUGUCAAAUCAAUCUGUGUUUUCACAACUUAACAAUGACCAACUUGUGGUGGAUAGUAACAGUAAUGGCUCUUAUAUUGUAACACCUUCUAAUUUUACAAAUUCUGAUUUGUAUACUUCUGAACGAUUAUUAAACGUUACUACCAAUACUAGUCUUAGUGAUCUUCCUGAUCAAACUCAUAGUAUUAAUACAUCUAUAUCUUCUGACCCAGACAACAUUUUCGAUGGCUCUGAGCAACAUACAUUCUAUACCCCUUUCAUAAAUUACUCUAACGUAGUAUUUUCAAAUAAUGAACUGUCUCUACUCCAAAAAGGUUUCAAAUUCAAUCCCCCCCAAUCUUCUAAAAAACAACAACUUAGAAAUCUAGAACUACUCGGAGUUGAGAGUGAAAGUAUCUUACAAUCAAUACCACUGGAAAACACAGAAGAAAUUAGGAGCAGUUUGAAAGUAUUACUGAAAAAAGAAAAGGAGGCUAUUUGUAACAACAGAAAGGGCUAUCACAGAAACCCUCUCAAUGAAUAUAAGGACACCAUUAAAUCAAUUGAUAAGAAAAUUAGUGAAAAUAACCUUACAGUCACUAAAGCAGAUAAAGGCAGCACUGUAGUUGUCUUACACACCCAAGACUACCAUCAAAAAGUCACUAAUUUUAUACUAGAUAACCAAUUUCUAACAAAAUCUGUCAAUAUUAAUACUUUCACUACUAAAGUUAGAACAGCCAUCAAUAAAAUCACUGAAGUUUUUGAUAAUACUACUAAAAAGAAACUUUUACCAUCUAAAGCAAACGUUCCCAGACUCUAUGGUCUCAUGAAAAUACACAAGACUGAUGUCUUUGAAAACAUACCAAUCAGACCAGUGGUAUCCUUUACUGAUUCUCCCACUCAUGCAUUAGCUUCUCACUUAAACAAAUUCCUUAAAACCUUUUACAACAAUAAAUUCGAUUAUGUAGUCUCUAACAACUUAAGUUUGACAAAUAAAAUUACAGAAGUUAAUCUUAGUAAUGAAGAUUUAUUGAUUUCCUUAGACAUAACUAAUCUCUUUACUAACAUUCCAACACAAGAAGUUAUCAGUAUUGUUGCUUUAGACUUGUGGAAUAAUAAUUACCAUCCUAAUCAAAUUAUUGAGUAUACAGAGCUUUUGAAUUUGUGUCUGAGUCAGAAUUUCUUUAAUUUCAACAACACCACAUAUGUGCAACCGGACGGACUAGCUAUGGGAUCUCCUCUUUCACCGAUAUUAGCUGAUAUUUUUCUAAAUGACUUGGAAUCUAAUAAAAUAGUGAAAAAUAAUCCAUUUACAGAUUAUAUUAAAUUUUACGCUAGGUAUGUUGACGAUACUUUAAUAAUAUGGAAUGGCACAAUUGACAUUCUUCACGAUUUCUUAGAUUUCCUCAAUACUUUACAUGACACUAUUAAAUUUACUUUAGAGAUUCAGAAUGACUCAAAGAGUUUGAACUUUUUAGAUCUUACAUUGACACUCAGAAAUGGAACGAUUGACUUUGGUAUUUAUAGAAAACCAACCCAUACAGGUACAGUUAUCCCUGCCGAUUCACACCACCCCAUACAACAUAAACUGGCUGCUUUUUAUAGUUACAUCAACAGGCUUGUCUCUAUCCCAUUGACUACAACUUCAUUUAACAAAGAAUUAAAAAUUAUCCAACAAAUAGCAGUUAAUAAUGGUUAUACUGUGGACUUAGUAAAUAAAAUUUUACACAAAAAAACAAAUAGAAUUUUAGAACAUCGAGUAUAUACACAGCCUAUUCUAGUCGAACAGGAGCCAAAACCAUAUAGAUCAUUAACAUUUACAGGUCAAUUCUCUUACAAAUUAGCUCAUAUUUUUAAAUAUUACUGUAAUAUUUCUUUUAGAACUAAUUCAAAUUUAGGUUUGGUUUUCUUGAAUAACAAGGACAGUCGUGAUAGAUCUGAGUGUUGUGGAGUUUAUGAGCUUAAAUGCCAUACCUGCUCGUCAUAUUACGUCGGAAGAACCUUUAGAUCGUUCGACACCAGAUUGAAGGAACAUCUUAGAUACAUACAGCGCCCAACAUCCGGACAAUCUCAUUUUUCCCAACAUAUCCGUAACUCCAACCAUAAUUUCAAUCCGGACAUUGAUUUCAAAAUUCUUCACAUCUGCAAAAAGGGCCACGUCCUGAAUAACCUGGAACAUUUUGAGAUUUUAAAAUCUUUAAAGGACCCUACUAGACAUACAUUGAAUGCCCAAUUAGAGCUUGAAUUUAUACCAGCUUAUUCAGUUUUACUAUAAAAUAACCCACUCUUACUACAGUACACAACCCGACAUCUAAUUAAAAGUUCAAACCUGCAAAAUCUAAAAUUUUAUUUCAAAUCUAUCUUUCAAUAUACAUACACCAACAGCAGUUAUCGUACCCGCCUUUUCAUUCAAACUACUCCAUAGUUCCAACUCACAAUCUUAUACACACUCUUACAAAAUUUUUUAAAAAGUUACAACAACUACUCACUCUUAAUUUCUAAAAUCCCGCUAAUUUUAAUUUUAUUCAAAUCCAUUCUCCAUUGUUCGUCUCCUGUAGAAUUUGAUGAUUUUGUAGCUCAGUACACAGCCAAGUUUCCCAUCUUAGCUUCAUUACUGGACAAUCAAUUACCAUCUGCACUUCUCCACGUGGUGAUAUAAAAAUGUAACCUACAACUUUUUUAAAAUGUCAGAAAAUUUGCUGGUAUGGCAUUUGAGCUCAUUCUGUUAAUAUCUCAUAGUUGCCUGACCGUUUGAACAUUUAAUACGGAGUCUGAUCAGUGCAAUAUUCUUAAACAUUAAACACGUGUUUCUCAAUAUAAAAAUGUCACCCUAAAUUAUUUGUAAUUCACUAAGACUACACAUUUUAUAUUAUAGCUUUAUAAAUUUAAUAAGUUCCGAUAUGGAAGUGCAUGAUCAUUUUGUACAAGUUAUCAAAACCUUUUAAUCUAUUAAAUACUUUAAAUUUAUAACUUACCAUUUAUGGCGCAUGAGGAAGUUGGUUGGCACCAAUACUUAAAUACAAAUAGGAUUUAAACAAACUUUAGGUUCUCUUUUAAAUUAACACCCCCCCCUACCUCCCUCUACACACCUGUCAUUAAACAUUCCGCUUCCUUUGACCUCGUUGACGUGGCAUUGCCACGACUGCAAUAUUAACAAUACUACCAACCAACUUUCUUUUAUUUUUCUUUUUCUUUGUCUUUGUUAUAACUUUCACGUUUUAUAUCUGUUUUCAUUUACUAAAUUUAAAUAGACUAGGCUAAUCAAUUUAUCUUACUCAUCUACAAUUAUGCAACAGGUGAUAUGCUUGUACGUUAGAUUAUGCACUGCCUACUUACACUUAAACUCAACACUUCUUCUCUACUUUAAUUCUUCUCUACUUGAAUACUAAUGUAGAAUAAUACAUCUGUCAUCUUUUAAUCAUGUACUUUUAUUAUUGUUACAACAUUUUUUCACAAUAGUGGUUACACAUAUAGUUUAGAUUUUGUUAUUAAUGCUAUAAAUUAACAACUAUCUUUUUUGUAAAAUUUGAAAAUGCUGUAUACUUUAUGUUACUAAGAGAUUUAAGUAAAAUAGGCAAUUACUGUACAACAUUUGAGAAGAAGUGUUUUGACAUUUCAGAUAACCUACAUCUGUCUACACUGUCAAUAUUCCCUCUUGAAAACACAAAAACUAGACUUCAAUUUAGGAAGUAAAAACUAAGUUAAAUAGUAAUUGGGGAAAUGUAGUGCUACCUCCCUUAAAAAAACCUUUUACCAAUAAUUGUUAUGUCUUUGUGCUUUUAAACCCUAUGUGUUAUGUGUUAAUUUAUUUAUUUAGUUAAAAACUAUUCUCAAGUAAGUGCCUACACCCUUCCAUUAAUAUUUCGUUUCUUUCUUUUUCUUUGUACAUAUCCCAUUAUACAAUAGCUCAAACAAAAUAUUCUUUAAUUUUAUCAAUUUCUUACCUUUUUGAAAUUUUUUAAUUUACAGUUUCUUAACCGAUGUUUUGAUAAUAAUUUUUUCAUUUAACUAACUAGUUUCCCUUUAUUUCUAUACACUUCAUAGUUUCAUAGUGUAUGGCACUUACUACUUCAUAAUAUUAUGAUAUUAUUAUACUUAUGACAUCCCUCAGUUAAUUUACUGAGAACAACAUAUCUUAAAUUGUAUUAAUUUAUGACAACAAUUUCCUAUUUGUCAUGUCCUAUACUUUGACCUCUGCCCGCAUCGUAUAACAUCUACGAGCUUAGACCAUCACAUUCGUACAAGAUCCUAGAAUAACAUUUCAUACUUUGCUACAAUUAAUACGCAACUCCUGGAGCAUUGUCUUUCUCCAUUCGAACAAAACAUCACCCGUUUCACAUACGCAUCUUCCUUCAGGAUCAAUUCCAAAUUUGAAAUCUUACUGUGUUUUAACCUACGUAACAUGUCUGUUUACCCUAUCACUAUCCCAACAAACCAAUUAGCAUAAUUUGGACGUACUAAUAUGACAACAACUAAGUUGCAACGCAAUCCUUGUAACGGCAUGUAAGUAGAUUAGAACAAUAUUACUAUCUCUUUUAUUAUUACUACUUUGAAUUUUGAAGCAUAUUUAAGUCAGUUUAUGUUUAUUUUGUUUUUGUUUUUUAAUGGUUAAAAAUUUUAAUCUCAACAAAUUCAAACUGUAUGCACCCAUUUGCACAUACAUGCCUAUGAGCAUUUUUACUCAUAGGUUUGACUUUGUAUAUACCAAUAUUCUGAAAUGUCAACAGUUGCAAACCUUUAUUUCAAAAAAUUUUAUAAAAAAUUUUUAAAUUUGGCUUUCUAUUAACAUCUCUUCAAUCAGACACUGGUCUAACACAAGUUUUCUCUUAUUGUAGCAUUUAACUACUUGUAACGCCGACCUGAAGAUGAUCUGUAUAUUGUAGAGAUCGAAACCGGUCGUCAAAGUAUAAUUAAAUGAUUGUCGAUAACAGACAAGUCCCAAUAUUGGCUAGGUGGCAAAGGGAUUACACUAUUAAAACGGUUUUGCAAGAAUUACGAAGAAUAAUGACACUUAAAGAGAACAUGAAGCUAACACAGCCUCCUGAAGGCACUUGCUUCUAGCCUUUGAAUCAGCAUAACACUCCCCCAGUAUCUUCUGUUACAACUUGUCCAUUGAGUGUCGAUACCUGCACCACGCAAUCAUGCUGUCUUCUGUAGCGGAUUCACCUUACUCACAAACUAUCUAUGGGGUGUCUUGAACUGGUUCUUGGAAGAUAACCUGUCUGGUAAUGAGGACAAACUGGUGUAUUUAGGUUAAGGUGUCUAAUGAUAAGAGUAUUUUUUAAUAUUACUGCUUGUACAACUUGUUUAACUCUAUUAGAGGAUGACUCAUGAUCGAACUUGUAUUUUUGUAGGAAACAAAAAGUAAUGUUGAUGUCAAUUAUAAUAAACCAUCUAUGACGCAUCUCGUAUUUCAAUAAAAUUGAAUGAAUAGGCGUUUGACACAAUAUUGUUCUUGUAUAACCCAAAGUUUUAAGAAUGGGUGGUCACGAUUCAUUCGAUAUACUAGAUUUUUGGGUUGAUUAACCACUUAUUUGUUUUUGUAUAUUCUACUGGGCAGUAGUUGACAAUUUAUCGGAACUGUAUUUUUAAACUUUUACUAGUAUUCACUCACUUUGUGUACGUUUUUAUACCAAAGAUGAAAUUGUCAACUGCUGUGGUAUGAAAAAAAUCAAUUUAUGCUUAAAUACAUGUUACGCUUUAUUAUGGAGAAUCAGCUUCGAAAAUCUAAAAUUCUAAAAGACAUUUAUUGAAUAACUACAAGGUUGUAUUGAUAUUUAGACAUUUUUUGAAUGUCGUGUGUGUUUAUAAAGAAGUUAUCCUUUAUUUUGUAGUAGUUUCGGACACCCCUUUUAACAGUCAGAGAGUAGAUAUCUAUUUGUAUAUCAUUGAUUACAUAUAUCAUAAACAUUAUCUAAAUCAUUAUUUUUUUUGAAAACACAGAAAUUAAAAGUAAAGGUAGAAUACACCAUUUUAAAAUUUGACAAUGUUAUCUCAAUACAUUAUUACAUUCUCAAUAUUCACACACACGCUUCACUAGCACUCAUAGGUAUUUAGCAUCUCCUUGUUUGCUGUCAUACCUUGGUUUUACAUUUAAAACUUAUAUGAGAAAAGUGAUACUUAGAUGAGACUUUACUUUAUAAGUUUAACUUUUUUCUUUAAAGUCUUGAGUCUGAUGAAAGAAUGAGUAGAGAUCUACACUCUGAUGACCCAAGUUGUAACAAAGAUGGCUAAGGUGUACAGCUUUAUAAGCUAUGUAGUUAAGUUAACAUUUUAGCUAAAGUUAUUAGGUUGAAAUAAGUUUAUAUACAGUACCAGAGCAUAUAUUCCAUAUAUAGCAGCUUAUAGAAAGGUAGGAGGAACUGCUAAAAACUUUGUUUGCCUUACCAAUAGUUUUAAUAAUCGAGUUUUAAGUCGAGAUAUUCACGCAGGUGGUCUAAAAUGCCCAAAUGUUAUUUAUUAUAGAGUAAGCGCCACUCUACUAGAUACAUUGGUAGGUACCUAGUUGGUAUGAUUAUUGGCUAAUCUGGUCCGUUCUCAGAUGUGACUUUCAUCCCUGUCAUGUUACUGUCAUGAAACUAUUCAAAAUAAUUGUUUUUCCAUACAAAAGAAUACAUUAAUUAAUAGUAUUGUUACUCUGCUUUAAAAUAACUUUAUUCAAGCACCAACAAUAUUACAAUACUUUAAAACUAUUACAACUUUAACAAAAUGACAACUAUAAACGUCAAACACAGCUGAUCUAUUAUUUGUCAACUUUUUAUGUUAAUAUAGGGCAUUCCAACAUGCUGUCAAAAGUCAAUAUGACGACUGGGAGGCAAACAUAAAUGUUAUUCUAUCAGUUCUUAAUUUGUUUUAGAUAAUUUUAGUUGCGUUUCUUUGUAAUUUUGUUUUUAAAAGAAUUGAUUUGACAUUCUCACUAGAAGAAUUAAUCUAAAAAGAUAAUAUGCCUAAUUUCUGUUGUGUUUUGAAAUGUGGAAUACGAAAUUCAUGAUGAAGUUCAGUUUUAUCGGUUACUAUCAGUGGUAUAUUUUAAGCGUAAACACGUGUAAAACAACUAAAUAAGUUAUCAUCUGAGAGACAAAAACAAACAACUAAAUAAGUUAUGAUCUGGGAGACAAAAACAAUGGUUAAAUGCUACAAAACGUCCUAUAAAAUGCUAAAUAAUUAUUUCCAUGUUACUUACGCUUGGAAAACGUCUAAACCAUGUGUUCUCAAACCCCUCGAGGAAAAGUGGACCUAUAUUAUUUAUUUUGUCAAUCUUUUGCUUGUACCUACCACUGUGCGUCUAGGUACCUACUAACAACAUUAUGUAUUGUCUACCAAGAAUUUAUAUGCACUCAUGUUUAUUUAUUCACUGCUUAAAACCAAAUAAAGUCGUUCAGGUACUUCUACAACUAAAAACUACACAAAAUCUACAACAAAAUGUUCAGAAAAUACAACUUAAAACUGUUAAUACAUGUGCUGCAAAUAUUAUAAACAGACACAAUGUUUGACAGUUUGCCUCCCAAACGUCAGUCUUGAAAUGCCCUAUUCAGUUUCUAUACAUUUUCUGACGUUCUAAACGUCACUGGACAUACAAAUAAACAUUGCAACAAGUGAAGGGUCCAGGACUAUAAUAGCUCAAUGUUCCUAUGGAUCUAGUAGGGUGGCGGUGGUUACUGUAUAGCAAUAUUACAGUAUUUCUCAUGAUCAUUUUUCAGUGCGUAACAAAUGAUAGGAAAAAGGGUAAGUCCGUGAUAAUACACAUUUAUGACAUUUAUUCUAACAUGACAUUUUAGUUAAAUCUGACAGUUGUCACAUUUUAUUUUCAAUUUGGAAUAAAAACAAAUCAAAAGUGUUUCUUGCAUUUAUAAAAUGGUAUUUUCUUUGAUUUGUAUAGUCUUAUAAAUUAUACAGAUUAUAUUUGUAAUAUUAUUAUCUAAUUUAAAAAAAAAAUUUUUAUUAUGGCGCCAUCUAUCGACAACUAGAAUAACUAGAAUAAAUGUUAUAAAAAUGUCCCCGACGAAAUGUAAUCACCGACGUGCCUUUUUUUCUGUCACAUACAAUUUAAUGCGUUAGAAAGAAAUCGAAAAACUGUGACGCACUGAAAGAUGAUCAUGAGAAAUACUGUACAUACUUAUUUUUUACUAUAGCUACAUUUUUGCGAUACCAGUUGAAGAGAACGUGACUAGAAAUAUAUUCUUGUAUGACUACUUUGAACAAAAGCUACAACUUUGCUUGUAGUUUGAUUCCUGUGAAUUUUUUCUCGAACGGAUACAUUUUUGAACAUUUUUUUUAAGAUUCAAUUUUUUUUAAUACCAAAGGCAAUCAAACCGUUAUUUUAUCAGUUGUUCCUAACGAAGCUUCCAGCAAUAUUGUUUUGAACAUUUUACUUUUUCAUUACCGUCAAACGCAUGUUUCGGUUAUUUUGGUACGCUGUAUGUUUGAAGCUUUAAAAUAAAAUAUAAUGACGUAGCGUUUAUAAGCUGUACCAUUCGUGUAAUUUUAUUUGAAUUACAUUUUUACUAUAUAGAAUGUUUUGCUGUUAUCUGUGCAGGAUUUAAUAAGUCUACGUUUGUUGAACAAUUUUGUUCGUUUAAAUUACACACUUUUGUUUCAAAUAGGCAUUAAUGGUAUUUCGAAAGACAAUUAGAACGGAAACCUUGGUGAUAUUAUCGAGGUGAAUACAUUUUUGAUGAUAGUGUGUAGUAUAAACAUUUUGUAAUUAUUAAUUUUGAUUUUGGUUCAGUCAUGAUAAGUUCGAAGAUUUAUUUUAUCUUACCAAAAACUAACUUUAUAAUAUUCUGUUUUAUUCCUGCUGGGAAAAAACGAAUUUUUACGAUCUUUUUUUUUUUGUAAAUGUAAAUCCAUGGAAACUUAAAUUUUCAGUAAAGUU